AUGAGCUCAAGCAGUGAGGAAAGUGAUGUGCGUAGCGAUGCUGGUCCGUCAAGAGCUAAAAAGAAAUAUCGGCAACAAUUCCGUGAUGAAUGGCUUCAAUUACAAGACUACCGUAAGUGGUUAAAGCGUGAUAAAAAGUCGAUUUAUAAAUGCAUUUGCACUGUUUGCGAUUCUUCUUUGAUUGCCGAUCUGGGUGCUAUUAAAAGACACAGUGAAGGUGCUAAGCAUAAACUUCGUCUUCCUGCCCUAUCGCAUGUGCGUACCAUUGAUAAUAUUUUUAAAAGUCAGCAACGCGCAAGUGAUGAUGAUCAGCGGAAAAUUACAGAAUUAAAAUUAUCGGCUUUUAUGGCAGAACAUAAAAUAUCGCACAUAGUGAUGGAUCAUCUCGUUGAUUUACUUCCAAAAGCUUUUCCAGAUUCUAAAAUCGCAAGUAAUAUCAAACUUAAACACACUAAAUUACAAGCAAUAAUAAAUAACGUUAUCGGGGCUUCUGAAGGAGAAUGUUUAGUCGAAGAUUUAAAACGCGAAAAGUUCUCUAUAAUGGUAGACGAAAGUACCGAUGUUGCCAGUGUGAAAACAAUGUGUGUUGUAGUUGUAGUCAAAUAUUAUGAUCCUAAUUUAGGACGUAUCGUCAGUCGAUUCUGGGACCUUAUUCAAAUAUUUGAUGACAAAAAAGCUGGAACGUCUGGUGGUUCCGACGCUUGCAAAGAAUUGCCCCACGAUGCAGAAAAACUGACUCGAAUGAUAUACAAUUACUUCAAAAAUAGUAGCAAACGUCAAGCAGAGUUAAAGGAAUUUCAAGUAUUUACAGACACUAACAUACACAAAUUGCUACGUCCAGCCCAAACGCGUUGGUUGUCUCUUUCCAGUGUUGUGAACAGAAUUAUGGAGCAAUGGGACGCUUUGCGAUUGUACUUUGACGAUAAAUGGCUGGAAGACCAAGAUUGCCAAGCCAUUCAUAUUCUUUUGAAUGAUCACAUCAUCAAGGCAUAUUUUUAUUUUUUAUGUUGGAUGUUGCCAAAGUUUACCCGCGUCAAUGUAUAUUUUCAAAGCGAAGAUCCGGUUAUUAUAGAAGCCCAUAACAAAAUGAAAGAGCUAUACAGAGAACUCUUAUCCUUAUACAUAACUCCGAAUCAUUUAAAGAACACCCCACUCGACGCAAUUGACCCUACUGAUAGUCAACAUUACAUAAAUCUGAAAAAUAUAUACCUGGGAUUGGGUGUUGCUAAUCAAGUUGCUGUCCCAGAGCUACAUGUAAGUACCGAAGAAGUUACAGUGAUGAAACAGAAAUGCCUGAAUUUUAUCGUUAAAGCAUGCGUGGGUAUUCGGAAAAGAUACAGUUUGAAUGACCCAGUUUUGAGCUCAAUCGCAAAGUUGGAUCCCGAUUCUUGCUUAUCUGAUAAUAGACUACAGUCUUUGUCUUCGCUGUUCCCAGUGCUGCCAAGGCUUAAACCCCAAACUUUAAAUGAUCAACAGACGUUAGAUGAUGAAUGGAGAAAUUUAAUGUUGACUGCGGAUGAACAACAUUUGAAUACAAAUCAACCAGCAGACGUGUUUUGGCAUCAGUUGUCUCAAAUCAAAGAUAGCAACGGAGAUAAUAAAUAUCAUUUUCUGCCUCGUUUUAUGCUCCAAGUUUUAUCGUUGCCUCACUCGAACGCUGAGUGCGAACGAAAGUUUAGUGAAAUAAAUAAUAUAAAAACAAAGCAGAGAAACUGUUUAGUCACAAAUACCAUCAAAGGCAACAUGCUAGCUCAGCAAGCCAUUCGGCGGACUUCCGAAAAUUGCGUGAAUUUUAAUCCAACUAAGGAAAUGAUUUCAAGGAUGACAGCAAAGAUUUAUGAAAAUCAUGAGCAAAUUGUUCUGGAAUAA